AUGGUACGCAGUGACUCACCACGGAGUAAAGGUGACGUGUCCAUCGCCGAUGACCCCGACCAGCUGGUCUUCACUGUGACCAUGAGGAACCUACAGGAGAAGGAUGCUGGCUGGUACUGGUGUGGAGUGGAGAUUAACGGUGCUGUGGAUGACUAUGAAUAUCUGUCCUUAACAGUAACUACAGGUGUUCAGAGUGUUUGGACUGUGAGCAGGAUAUCAGCAGAGAGAGGAGGAUUAGUCACCAUCCCAUGUUACUAUGAUCAGAAAUAUAAACAACAUGUGAAAUACUGGUGUAAAGGGUACACAUGGUCAUCCUGUACUACCAUGGUACACAGUGACUCACCGCAGAGUAAAGGUGAAGUGUCCAUCACUGAUGACACCGACCAGCUGGUCUUCAGUGUGACUAUGAGGAACCUGCAGAUGAAGGACACUGACUGGUACUGGUGUGGAGUGAAGGAUGGACGGGACAGAGUUGGAGCACCGCUGUACCUCAAUAUCUCAGACAACAACCUGGUUCUCAUUAAUAUGAACAUGACCUGGAAUGAAGCCCUGAACUACUGUCGGACCCACCACGUGGACCUGGUCUCUACCCACACUAAGGAAAUCCAGCUCUGGGUGCAGGACAGGGUUAAGAAGGCCUCCACUGCACACGUGUGGAUUGGCCUGCGCGUUACCUGUGUCCUGAACUUCUGGUUCUGGGUCAGUGCAGAGACAUUUUUCUACCACAACUGGGCCCCAGGCAAUGGGACUGGAGCUGAGAAAUGUGGGGCAACAGCAGCAGUGGAAUCUGGAGGGAGGAACCAGUGGGUCAGCUUCCCUGAGACUGAGAAGCUCAACUUCAUCUGCUGUGGAUGAGCCUGAGGUGACAGUGAAUAAUUCAAUCUUA